UCACAAUUGGAAUGUUUCAUAUUCAACAACACAAACACCGUAAUCUACCUUGCGCGCCAUUUUGUGCUACGUUGCCUGACGAGUCACUGACUAUUUAAAAUGUACAUUUUUAUUGUUAUACACUGUUAGUUUUCUCAUUGUGAGGUGUAUAUAUGGAUACUUUUUUUUUCUUUUUUUUAGAUGAUGGAUGUCGAGGAACAAAUUACAGUUACUCUAACAAUUUUACACAGAGUGCUUGCAACUGUCUUCAUAGACGGAAAGGAAAUAUGGAGAAAACUAUUCACAGUUGGAAGUGUCGGAGAACUGAUAGCCUCAGCCAAAACUUAGCUGUCUCAACAAGUAUCUCUUGAUCGAAUACUGAGAUUUGACACAGAUUUUCAAGAAUUCAUUGACACUGAUGUGAAUGCCGGAGUGCGGGAGCUUGACAAAUUUCAAAUACAUUAUAUUGCAAGCAACACCCAGGAUUUAUUAGAAGGAAGUGUUCAACCAUUACAGUGUCAUUCAACAGAUGUAACUCAGACUGGCACCACAACUAGAUUGCUAACACUGCUUGAAGAAAAAGCCCCUACAAUCCUGAGAGAACACGAAGAGACAAAGACACUUUCUAUUUCCUCUAGAAAGUUUCUUGUUAAAGUUGCUGUCAGUGACCUCGUUGAGAAACAUGGAUUCUAUCCAUCUGGUACAGAAAAGCUGGCACUAGCUAAGGAGAUUGUGUCAUUGUUCCCCUCGUUAAGGAUUCAAGUGCCCUUUGGUGAAAAUGAGGGACAUGAGCAUUUUUUUGAUGGGCCAUCACACAGUGGCUUUAUAGAAAUGAGACUGCGGAACAUCAGACGGAAGCUUCAACAGAACCAGCGGAUGUACAGUUUGAAACGUCGUCAUUGUACACUGCAACCUUCUUUGCUGAGUCAAGAUGAAACUGUGCCUAGUGAGUGGUUGACCCUGAUAAAAAGGAUGCGACCGUCACCAGAGAAUUCAUCAUCAAUAAAGAGUGCAGUUGAACAAACCUUCAGUUACCGAAGGAGAUGGAUAACAACACAAUCCCCAACUGUUGCUGAAAUCUUCAAGGAAUAUCCCAGAUUUCUUGACAUGCCCACCUUGAUGGACAUUGAAUUUUCCAAACUCACAGAUGGCAAAGAAGACUUUUUUAUCCGGAAAUGGGAAGGGAGCAUAAUUCCAAAGCUCAAGGAAAUAGCAUCCUUGGAGAAGAAAAAUGACAUACAACACUUGCUGGAGAAAGCCGACAAUCAGCAAGAUGAUGAGCUGUGCUACACUAUGUUGAAGAUCCUCAUUCAUCUUCUUCCACCCACGGCAUCUGGGAGAAGUGUUGCUGGCAGUAAAUGCUGUGUGAACUCUGCAGUCUCAUACCUGUUAGAGCAAGUGCCGGCUGGUACCAACGUGACCUCCUUGCUCAGUGAAUCCAUGAAAGGGUCCCUGAAGUCAGCUCAGCCACAGUUGGUUUCCAUCGGUUCUCUAGAACAUGGAGCGCAGUAUGUAAUUGUGGCAAAGAAUGAUUCUUUUGCCCUUCCACUUGAUGUUGAAAGCCUGACCUGUGCUGUAGACAGACUUUUCAAAUUCUUCUGGCUGUGCAAUCUUCAGUAUCCAUGCCAACUGUCCUCUGUUUUUUCAUUUUUUGAGUAUAUAUAUGACCUACCUUUGACCCAGUCCUCUUGCAAACGUUCAAAGGUCAUGGAAUUGAUUGCAAAAUUGCAGUCCCGUCCCUAAUUGAAAUAAGCAUGUAUACCUGUCCAAAGUGUCUUCAAAAAGUUUCUGUUGAAACAAAGCAGUUAAUUUGGCAUUUAAGGGAGGUACAUGCACUCUCCGACAGUCACAACCUAACUUUAAUUUGUAGUCAAAAUGGUUGCCCCAGAACGUAUCAUAAUUUCAAUUCAUUUUUAAAACAUCUUAGCAGAGAUCAUUGUAACAUGAAUUCAUGCCCUUCAGUAGAGUCAGGAUGCACUGAAAACAUAGAUAUAGCAAAUCAAAUUGAUGAAAGCAGAAUAAGUAAUUUUGAAGAUGAUGUCCAAAUGUCUGAAACAGAACCAGUUCCUCAGAGCAGUUUAAGCCUAACAGAUUGUGCUGCUGUUUUUGCUGCCCGCAUGUAUGCCUCUGCUAAUGUAACUUAUACUGAUGUUCAAAAAAGUAUAACCUGCACAAAAGAAGUCAUUGAUCAUGCCUUAGGUCAUUUGCAAGAAAAGACUAAUACUUUACUAAAGAACUUGGCAGUUCCGCUAGAUAGUACUGAAGUUCAAACACUUAUGAAAGAUUUUGAGAGUACUAGAAACAUGUUUAGUGACAUAGAUACACCAUUUAAACUAAUUAAGUACUUUUCUGAUAAUUUUUCCUUUGAGAAACCAACAGAAGUGUUUCUUGGACACAGAUUAGAUUGUGUUAAAAAGAAUGGGAAAAAAAGCCAGGUGUUAGUGCCUGUCACAUGUCAGUACAUCUCAAUAAUUAACACAAUUAAAUUUCUAUUUAGCUGUGACAAAAUGCAAAAUAUGUAUAUGCAGUCUUGUGGUGGACAGGGAAAAAUGCAUGAUUAUUGUGAUGGUGUUCAUUAUUCUAAACAUCCUCUUUACCGAAACCAUCCCAAUGCAUUACAAAUUCAGUUAUACCUCGAUGACUUGGAAACAACAAAUCCUCUUGGAUCAAAAACAAAGAUUCAUAAAAUGGGGGCUGUUUACUUUGCAUUAAGAAA